GAAGACCCAGGAGCGGCCGCUGCUCUUCCCCUUCCUCCCCCACCGCCCCCCAUGUCCACCCAGCCCCUCCUCCAGCGCACCGCUGCGAAGCGCAUCGCACUUCCCGUCAAGGUCGAGCCCAAGGUCGCCUUCGCGAACGAGCGCACCUUUCUCUCAUGGUUGCACUUCACGGUCGUCCUUGGCGGCCUCGCCGUGGGUCUGCUAAAUUUCGGUGAUAAGGUGGGGAAAAUAAGCGCAGCUAUGUUCUCCUUUGUCGCUAUGGCUGUGAUGGUGUAUGCGUUGUAUACCUUCCACUGGCGUGCCGCAUCUAUACGUCAAGGUGGCCGUGGACCAUAUGAUGACCGUGUUGGGCCGACAAUACUGUGCAUUGCCCUCCUAGUCGCUAUCGUCGUGAACUUCGUUUUGAGGUUCACAGAAGGCGAUAUAUCCCCCUGAGCACUCAAACGGUGCGGAAGACGCACCGUCGUAUCUCCCCCGCAUCCGGUGCUUGCCACGCUAUAGGAUCCCCGAUGUCACCAAGCGAGCCGGGAUUUGUAGAAGGGCACAUUAGGGGCUAGUCGACACCCCGAUACGGACUGUUCGGACGUUGGAAUACCAUAUACAACUCCUCCCGUCAUUUUCGUCUAUCAUGUGCAAUUGCUCACCGUAUUCAGUCAUUUGUACCUGUCACACUAAUGUUCAUCCUUGUACGUUCCCG